AUGCCUGUUAACAUUCCCGAAAAACCACUUGAACUUCACCUUAGGAGAAAGAUUCUUUUGUCCUAUGAUAAUUCAGAGUGUAGUAAGGAAGUCUUUAAAUAUGCUUUGGAUAAUAUUUUGAUUCCAAAUCACGAUCAUGUAUCGCUUGCAACAGUAAUAGACGAAGAGCAAUCUGCAUGGUUACUGACACAUACUUCUCAAGAACAUAAAAUUGCUGAAAAAGAAAAUGCGAAAAGAAAUAGACAAUUAUCAUUCUCAGAUCAUUCGGAAGCAUCCGACAUCUUGAAACCAUUAUCAGAAGAAUUAGCAAGUAAAGGGAUAACUUCAAAUUUCUAUAUUCUAAAAGGAGACCCCAAAGUUCAAUUGGUAAAAUUAUCAGAAAAUGCACAUGUGGAUUUGGUUAUAGUUGGAACUCGAGUGUUAGUAGUUAAACGUAAAGCUGAUAAAGCCAGAAGUCGACCGUCUUCACCAUCUAAAUCAGGAUUUUCUAAUACUGCUCGAAAGAUUUUAUUAUUAUUUACAAAAUGUAAAAAAAUUACCAUUAACAUUGUAUGA